AUGAGCAAUAUUUUCAGAAAUUUGCCUUAUUUCAACUAUGUUGCUCAAGCACCAUUUACUACAACUUGGAAUGAUGAGCACCGCAUUCAGCAUGACAAUUUCGCCUCAUCAGGAUUUGAUAAUCAGUUAGGUGAUAAUAAUGGUGUUGGUGGUAAUAAUAAUAUCAUUGGAACACAGCCACGAUUUUAUCCCGGUCAAUGGGGUUCAUGUUCAACAACAUGUGGUCCCGGUGUAGCGACACGUACAGUUGAAUGCAUAGCUAUACAAGGAAUAACCUCAAAUAUUAUUAAACUGCCAGAUUAUGAAUGUGAAGGUAAAACAAAACCAAAUGCAUUUCAACCAUGUCAAAUACAAGAAUGUGCAUUAAAUGAUAUCGCUAAUAAUGAUGUACCUGUACGUGAACGUUCUUUAAUAUCAACAAAUUCUUUUAAAUGGGAUUAUGGUGAUUGGACAGUUUGUUCUGCUUCAUGUCUUGGUGGUAAACAACGUUCCACACUAAAAUGUGUUGACAUUAAAAGACGUACCGCUGUUGCAUGGUCAUUUUGUGAUGCGAAACAGCGCCCUGUUGAUUUAAUACGUUCUUGUAAUAAUGACCCUUGUCCACCUGAAUGGGAUGUUGGUGAAAUGUCACAAUGCUCACAUACAUGUGGAGGUGGAUUACGUACUCGAAAAGUGCGUUGCAUACGUCGUAUAUCACGGACUGGUGGUGCUGAAUCAACAUUAAUUCUACCAGACGGUCAAUGUCCACAACCAAAACCGGUCAAUAGUGAAGCAUGUGGUUUGGUAGACUGUCCCGUUAUGUGGAAGAUUGGUAAUUGGGGUCAAUGUUCAACAACUUGUGGUCCUGGUGAGCAACGUCGUGAGGUGACCUGUGAGCAACGUGUAGCUGAUGGUGAACUGAAAAGCUUUUAUCCUCCAAUACAAUGUCGUCAUAUCGAAAAGCCACCAACUGUCCAACUUUGUGAUUUAGGUACAUGCAACAGUAUGUCUGAUUCGAUAUUUCAAGAAAGUGAUAAUGAUAAGUUUUCAUCUCUGAUGUCAACUUCGAUGCAACAACAACAUAGUGGACAUAGCCGAAAGUUGACACUAAAUAUAGGUGGUAGUGCAAAACUAUUUGUUGGUACAUCAUUGAAGGUUAAAUGUCCUGUUCGUAAUUAUGCAAAAAUAAAAUUAUUUGGACAAAAGAUGGAAAAAAGAUUACGAGCAAUGCAAUUUUUAUUUUACGUUUCAUUUUUCCUUUUUUUGAUUUGUUUUUUUCUAGCUCACAUUAAAGUAUCAUCAAACGGCGCAUUACGUAUUUUUCACGCACGAAUGGAAGAUGCUGGCGUAUAUGCUUGUAUAGCUAAUGGUAUUCAAGGAAAUGUCACGUUAAGUUUUAAAUCACGUGAAAAUAAAGACGAAAAUAUAAAUGAUUCCCGUUCAAUGUUAAAUCAAAAUAUGAUUGAUAAUGAUAUAGAAAAUGAUCCAGUUGCUGUUGAUCAACAACUAUUACAGAAAGUGCGACAAUCAUUGAAAGAUAAUGAAGAUAUUCGAAUGUUAGAAAGAUUAGCUGCAGUAACUGAACCAGGUGAUAUCAAGAUUGAUUAUGCUGCUGGUGAAUGGUCAAAAUGUUCCAAUUAUGAUUGCGGCAAAUCAGGACGUGCGCAGGUGCGACAAUUAAAAUGUCGUAUUAGUUAUCAGGGUUCAAUCGGAUAUCUUGAUGAUGAUGUAUGUGAAAGUUUUGGUGUUGUACGACCACCAUCUUCAAGAAGUUGUCUUCCAUCAUACUGUCCAAGAUGGCAAACAUCACCGUGGUCUGAGUGUUCAUCUUCUCGCUGUAUUCGACAUUCUACAUCCAUGCAAAGACGUGACGUGAAAUGCGCAUAUGAGAAUGGUACAAAUGCAGCAUUUGAAUUAUGUGAUCGAGAAAGUCGACCAAAAGUAAAAAAGGAAUGCAUUAAUGGUAUAAUAUAA